AUGGAUGCGUUUUUCCUGUCCAUAGAGCUGUUCCUAGUCAUCUGCUUCCUCAUCCUGUACUACUACCACCUGCAAUCUAAGAAAACUAGCUCUUUGGAGCCGACCGAAUGGCCAGUAGUUGGGCACCUCCCCGGCUUGGUCGCCAACAUCCACAACUUAUACGACUGGGCCACCAGCAUCCUGAGCGACGUGGACUACAACUUCGAAGUUCGCGGUGGGCGCACCGGCCUGCGGUAUUUCGUCACUUGCGACCCCUCCAAUGUGCGCCACAUCUUCACGUCCAACUUCGCCAACUACCCAAAAGGCGACACGUUCGCCGAGAUCUUUGACAUUCUUGGCGACGGCAUCUUCAACGCCGAUGGGGAGUCGUGGCGGCGCCAGCGGGUGACGUCCCAGAUGCUCUUGAAUGGUCCUCAGUUUCGCGCCUUCGCUGCACGGUGCUGCCGUGACAAGGUGGAGAACAGCCUCCUGCCUUUCCUCGCCCACACUGCUAAUGAAGGACGGCCGUGUGAUCUGAACAACGUGUUCCUGAGGCUAGCGUUGGACCUGACCUGCACCCUCGUCUCCGGUGUCGAUCCUGGGUGUCUGGCGAUCGGCUCGCCGGUGGUUCCCUCCUUUGCGCGUGCGAUGGACGAUGCGUUGGAGACUCUUUUCCUCCGGCACAUCACCCCGGCGGCCUGCUGGAAGCUCAUGAAGAGGCUGGAAGUAGGGCAGGAGAAGAAGAUGGCGGCUGCUCGAAGGACGAUUGACAGUUUCGUCGCCGCCACCAUCGAAAAACGCAGGGCCCACAAGCUCAAGGAAUGCAUCAGUAACUCAGCCGACUUGCUGUCCUCGUUCAUCUGUAACGAAGACACCAGCCACAACGAUGACGUAUUCUUGCGGGACACGAUGGUGAACCUCUUGGUCGCCGGCCGCGACGGGACGGGCUUGGCGCUGUCGUGGUUCUUCUACCUCAUCUCCAAGAACCAACGCGUCGAGCAGAAACUACUGGACGAGCUUGCGCCAAUCGCUUCAAAGAAGGUCGCCGACGGUGCCGCUGGACCCAGCAGCGGCAUGGUGACCUUCGACGCGAGCGAGCUCAGCAGCCUGGUGUACAUGCACGCAGCAUUGUGCGAGUGCUUGAGGCUGUACCCGCCCAUCCCGUUCGAACACAAGGCGGUGGUAGACGACGACCUGCUGCCGAGCGGACAGGAGGUGAAGGCAGGCGAUAAGAUACUAGUGUUAAACUACUCCAUGGGCAGGAUGGAAGGCGUGUGGGGCAAGGACUGCAUGGAGUUCCGGCCCGAGAGGUGGGUUACCGAGGAAGGGAAGCUGCGGUACGAGCCAUCUUACAAGUUCAUCUCCUUCAACACUGGGCCGCGGACGUGCCUCGGCAAGGAGAUGGCGUUCAUGCAGAUGAAGACCGUGGCGGCGCCCGUGCUUUGGAACUUCGCCAUGGAUGUUGUGCCGGGGCACGUCGUGGAGCCCAAGCUGUCCAUCACACUUCACAUGAAGAAUGGGCUCGCCGUCAGCGUCAGGAGAAGGGACGCCUACCACGGCAAGCUAGCUCUUGACUGAACGCGUACGGCUCCACGGCGUGUUACUCUGUUGUACGGCCGGACGUAGCUACUGUUAUGUUUUAAUCAUGCUUGGUGUGGAGGUGUCAUGUGUGUCAGGGUGUAAUCCUCGACUUCCCUUCUCUGACCGGAUAUCUGGCUGAGUCGUGGGUCAGUGGAAGUAGGAGUUAGUUCAGAGUCUGUCAGUCCGUUUUUUCAGUCAGUACAUGCGCAACUUGAUCGGCUUGUGGGAUGGCACAAGACGUGGAGAUCAUGGCGCACAUAUAGGCCUUAUU